AAUCAGUAUGAUCCGACAUACGUAUAAUAUAACAUAUUCACAUACAUUAACAAAUAUUUAUCAACACGUAUAAGGAGCAAGCAGUAGUGCACGUAGAGACAGAUGAGUUGAGAGAUCGAUGGCGUCUCAAUCUAAUGAUCCCCGGCAACCAUCGGCGGCUCGGCCGUUCAGGCCAUCGAUGAUCCCCCCACAAGACCUCCCCAUCGAUUACUCCGGCUUCGUUGCCGUCAUUUUCGGAGUCUUUGGCGCCAUAUUCAGGCACAAGGUUUGUUCGUGGCUGGCAAUUAUAUUUUCUGCCCAAUCGCUGGCGAAUAUGAGGAGCGUUGAGAAUGAACUGAAGCAGACAUCCAUGGCCAUGAUGUUUGGUAUAAUGGGAUUGGUAACAAACUACAUGGGCGUAGCACCUCGGCAGAACCAGAAAAAAUAGUAUCUUGGGUGCUGUAUUUCCGGAAGUUGAAAGCUUUCACCCAACUUAUGCCUGCAAGCAACAACAGUCUUUCACUUUGCAAUUCUGCAAUGGCACUGAGACUAUUUUUUUGUUUUAUAGUUUGGCUUACCUUGUUCUAGUUUAAAUCUAGUAAUAUCUUAGGUUGGAUGUAGAGAGCUGAGUGGAAUAUAUUGUCGUAUAUGUUACACACAAAUGGGUAAUAAAUCAUUUCUUU